AAUGAAGUCUGCUGUGAUAUGGAUCGUUGUGUCGGUCCAGCACUUGUAGAAAAGACAGCAGCAACAGUCAGAGAGGUCCAACUGUGAGCAUCUCAGGAUCUGGACUAUUGGACUGGUCUGUUCCAGCUCCAGCACAGGGAUCUCUCCGGACUAUGGCUUCACAACAAAUAGAGUGUCUUUUCCUUUUUGGACAAGCACAAGUAAAUCUUUCUGUUUAACACUUCCUUUCUUAGUGUUCUUUCACUACCACAAUCUUCUAUACUCUCUCUCAUCUUUACUUUGAGAGAAUCUUAAAUUUAGUCUGUGAAAAUGGACGACACAGAGCCUUUGCAGCCGAGUCUCAACUCCUCCUAUGUUCCGACUGCUCUUGGCAACCACCAUGUGUCUGAGGAUGAAGAUAGCGAGGACCAGAGUCCCUCUGCAUCUCUCCUGCCCAAGCAUUCCCCAGUGCCUCUGGCCAUGCGCUACAGUCCAGAUGACUCGUACUGUUUGGUGUACCUCAUCUUCUUUCUGAUGGGCAUCGGCUCCCUGCUGCCCUGGAACUUCUUCAUAACAGCCAAACACUACUGGCUCUACAAACUGAGCAACAACACUCAUCAAGGUGGCAGUGAGGAGCAACGUUCACACCUCGGCGACUACUUUGAAAGCUAUCUGGCCAUUGCCUCCACGGUGCCAUCUGUGCUGUGUCUGAUACUCAACUAUCUCCUAGUUAACAGGUUAUCUUCAAACGUGAGGAUCCUGUCGUCUCUUUUUGUGAUCCUGUUGGUGUUUGUGUUGACCACGGUGAUGGUGAAGGUGGAUGUGUCAGACUGCAGGACGGAGUUCUUUAUCAUCACGCUAGCCAGUGUGGCUGUCGUCAGCGGAGCGUCCAACCUCUUCUGUGGCAGCAUGUUUGGGAUCAGUGGGCAUUUCCCCAUGAGGAUUUCUCAGGCUCUUAUAUCGGGCCAGGGCAUGGGAGGCACGUUGAGUGCAGUAGCGUCAGUAGUGGACCUGGCGGUGGCGAAGGAUGUGACAGACAGCGCUCUGUUCUAUUUCCUGACAGCCGACUUCAUUAUCCUGCUCUGCAUCAUCACAUAUCUGCUGCUGCCAAAGCUGGCAUAUUCAAGAUACUACAUGGAGGCAGCAGCGUGCACCAGUUCAGAAGUGCUGAGCAAUGGGGCAGCAGAAGGCUCAGGGAGCAGAGUCUCCAUCCCACCGCUGCAGCCUAUCCUCAGGAAGAUGUGGGUGCUCGGCAUGAGCGUCUUCUACGUCUUCUGCAUCUCGAUCAUGGUGUUCCCUGCGGUAUCUUCGGGAAUCCAGUCUGUCAACAAAGACAGCGGCAGCCCCUGGGCAACCACUUAUUUUGUGCCCCUCACCAGUUUCCUCCUGUACAACGUAGCGGACUUCUGUGGCAGGCAGUCCACAGCCUGGCUGCAGGUCCCUGGUCCCACCAGUCGAGUCCUGCCUGUACUGGUGCUGUGUCGCUCCGUCAUGGUGCCACUUCUGAUGUUCUGUAACUACCAGCCAAGGGACCACCUCCACACUGUGCUUUUCACCAAUGACGUGUACCCCGUGGUCUUUAACUGCCUGCUAGGCCUCACCAACGGCUACCUCGGCACUCUGCCAAUGAUCUAUGGCCCCAAGGUCGUACCUCGAGAGCUGGCAGAGGCCACAGGAGUGGUCAUGUCCUUCUUUCUCACUCUGGGACUGGCUGUGGGAUCUGCUUUCUCCGUGCUUAUUGUGCACUACAUCUGACCAGGCUGUUGAGCAAUAACCUAGUCAUUUUACAGUGGUAUAGUUGAGCUAUACGGCAGACAAUUGCUGGACAGUAGAGUCUGAUGAACAGCAGAACCUUAAAGCACUGAUAAGUGCACCAGUAAAGCCAAUUGUUUGCCAUGAGGGGAAAGGGCUGAUAAGCCUCUCUCAACUAUAAACCUUCACAUUAAUAUGUACUGUUUACACUGAUGUGGCUCAUGAUGUUAGCCAUAGGGGUCUGCCAGGACUUGGUUGUUACAUAUUUAAGAUCAGGAAGUGGUUCUUCAGGCAGCACUAGCAAUCAGUGCAGUCCAUAAGGGACACCUCAUUGAACAACCACAUUUUUAUGUCAAAAAACUAAACAAAACCAAAAUUUGUUGGUUCAAGGGGUGAAAAUAUGUGGUACAUCCGUUGUUAUGCCAAAGGUGCCAUUUAGGUUCCACUGUAAUAAAAUAUGCAGAUGGCAAAGAAGCACAUCUUGGUACAUGAGACAUGCUAAUUGUUGUUGAUUGGUGUCUGCCGUUUGUAAACCUUGUAUUGAACCCGAGUUCUGACUUUUCUA